GUUUGGGUUCCUCAGUGCCUGGACCCCCCCGCAGAUUUCACAACCUGAUCACCAUUCGUAUUAAAAACCCAGAAGUAGAGAGGGCGGACGGCGGCGAUGAGCAUCCUGAUGAUUGAAGCAUUUUACGGCGGCUCACACAAACAACUCGUGGACCUCCUGCAUCGGGAGCUGGGCGACUGCGUCCUGUACACUCUCCCCGCCAAGAAAUGGCCCUGGAGAGCCCGCACUGCAGCCCUCUACUUCUCCCAGGCCGUGGUCCCCAGUCCAGACUUCAGGAUCCUCUUCGCCAGCUCGGUGCUUAAUCUGUCCGAACUGGCCGCCCUCCGGCCCGACCUGGGGAAACUGAGGAAGAUCCUUUACUUCCACGAGAACCAGCUGGUGUAUCCGGUCCGGAAGUGCCAGGAGAGGGAUUUUCAGUUCGGCUACAACCAGAUCCUGUCGUGUCUCGUGGCUGACGUGGUGGUGUUCAACUCGGCUUUCAACAUGGAGUCCUUCCUCACCUCCAUCGGGACGUUCACGAGGCUGAUCCCGGACCACAGACCCAAGGGCUUGGAGGACGCCAUCAGACCCAAGUGCCGCGUCCUCCACUACCCCAUCCUGUUUCCGGACGUGAGCAGGUUCUUGCCAGGGCGCAAACUGUGCCAUCCAGAGACCACACUGGGUGAAAAAGGAAGCCAAGAAACUUCCGACUCUGAGGGUGCUCCUUCCCGGAUGGCGGGCCGUGCUGAGGAGAGUUUGACGGGAAACGGAAGCGUGGAGCGGGAAACCCAGUCUGGACCCGAGGGAGAAAGAUCCUCCGACCUUUCGACCCCCACAGAGGCGUCGAAUCGGGCCGCCGUGCCAGCAGGAGCAAAUCAGCAUCAGGUGGGAGAUGAGGAAUGUUUGACUUCUGACCUCAGUGGGAAUGAAGAUCAGCAAAAGCCACUGCACAUCGUCUGGCCUCACAGGUGGGAGCAUGACAAAGGCCCCGAGUUGUUUUUCAAAACCCUUCUGCGGCUCAAAGAGGCCGGACUGACUUUCCGCGUCUCAGUCCUCGGAGAGACCUUCUCUGACGUCCCAGAUAUAUUUUCAGAGGCCAAAGAGGCGCUGGGGUCUCUGGUCGUACACUGGGGCUACUUAACCAGCAAAGAUGACUAUUUCCGAGCACUGUGCAUGGCUGAUGUUGUCAUCUCCACGGCGAAACACGAAUUCUUUGGCGUGGCAAUGCUAGAAGCUGUGCACUGCGGUUGCUUCCCACUGUGUCCCAGAGCUUUGGUUUAUCCGGAAAUCUUCCCAGCUGAAUAUCUGUAUUCGACACCUGAACAGCUUUUUAAAAGACUCCGCAAUUUCUGUAGGAGACCAGAUACUGUACGGAGACAUCUCUAUAAGGGCGAGAUGGUUCGGUUUUCCUGGGCAGCCCUCCGUGGAGAAUUCAGGUCUCUGCUUACCACAGAACCUAGGGAAGAUUUGUGACAGAUGGGAGCUAAGUCACAAA